GGCGCUUCGCGAAACUGCAGUCGCGGCAGACCCAAGCUGAAGGUGGGAAAGAUCAAGAACUGGCCCUUCUUCCUCCUCACCUCUUUUCUUUUCCGCUCAGCCUCACCGGUCUUUGCCUACGGUCUCCUCUCCACCGCUGCAUUGAAGAGGGUCCAAAAUUUCUUGGAGCCAGCGAAGUUGAAUGAUAUUACAGACAACGGAUGAAUGGAUUUUUUCCAUCUGACAGCAAUUGCGGACGUCCCCAUACUUUGCAGCAGCCAGGUUGGCCAGUGAUUGAGUUGAUGGAUCACAUUUGAUUUGCAUUAGAGGAGGGAGAGUUAAGCGUUGGUGCAGAUAAAAAAGCAUCAGCAGAUGGCAGCCGAAGACCAGAUCGCUGUGGGAGAUCGUGGGCAGUUGUCUCCUUCAAGGGCAUGCUGGGUUCACCUGGUCUGUUGCCUUCCCUUAGCCUUUGGUUUCUUGGUUACCCACAAAGCCUAUGGAUGGAACUUCACGACCCACUACUGGCAGACCACUGCUCUGCUUUGGGUAUCGGCCUGCCCGUUUGUGUUGCUUGCAUAUAGUCUUCUUCGGCGAAAUCGUCAGAGCAAUUCGUUUUACAGGGCUAUCGGACGGGGACUGCUGGCACUCCCUGCCGGUGCCCUCCUAAAUGCCUCUGGAGCAAUUAUACUGGGUGCACCAAUUGGCUUUCAGUAUUUCACAAGGACUUUGAACUGGUCCCUUCUCAUGUCUUUUUUCACGGUUGUCCCAGCAGCUUCUGUUUAUGGAUGGUCAUGGUCAGAUUGGAAACGUAUAUUUGCACAUUUCAAGCCAAGUAGUGAUGUGGACUAUACAGUUUGUCUACCAGCACAUGGAGCUAUACUUGGUGCAUGGUUUGGGGCUUGGCCUAUGCCGCUUGAUUGGGAAAGGCCUUGGCAGGAGUGGCCAAUUUGUGUGACCUAUGGUGCCAUUACUGGUUAUCUACUUGGGUCAGUGGCAUCUUUGAUUUCCAUACUUGCCCUUCGUAGAGGUCAUCAUGUGAAGACAGAGUAACAUGACCUUUAAUUAUUCUAAUUCCUGCUUAGUGAAGGAGACUUGCUGAAGGCUGGGUCAAAUGGGUUUAGUAUUGUCGAAUGUGAAUGUUUUCAAUUUUCCUGAAAUUAAUAGACUUUUUCUUGUUUCUGGAAACCUACAGUAUGGUAUCUUAGGUGUAUACUACAAUAUCUUGGCAUGCAGAAAAGAAAAAUGAAAAAGGAGAUCAAUGGGCUUCUCCACAAAUUUGAUGAGAGCUAAUGAUCUUUUCUAGCUGCAGAGAACAAAGAAUGUGCUAGGAUGCAAGUUGCUUAGAAGUGAUCCAGUGUUAUAUUUGAGUGAGUUGCAGAAAACAAUUUACUAAUUUAGAGUUAUGGAAAAGGGACCCGGGUUCAUAGUUAUUGUUUCAGCUGCGCGUAGCUAUAGUUAGAAAACAAUUUUCUAGUUUGCAGAAUACUGUAAUUUUAUUGAAGAUUACCUUUUUUGUCUUUUAAAUUUAUUGGUUGGCCAAUGUACCUUUCUUCAUUUCAUUCGGGAGAAACUACUUCAAGCUGA